AUGGAGGCACCGCAGAGAAUAAGUACAAGGUCACAUCAUUCGAUGCAAAAUAAAAAUUCAAAGAACCUUUGUCUUCGAAUAGGUGAUUCCCCAACGAAAAACAAACUAAUAAUGGUGGAUUCAAAACCAAAUGAAAGCAAUGAUACUUUCGCAGUGCCAUUGCGCCACCAGCUUACUAAACGUGUAAGUGAAGCACAGAUAUACACUUUACCGCCACAGCUUAAAUCUGCCAGAUCCACACCCUCUACACCACAAUUACCGUCUGGCAGUUCGGGCUUUGAUUCAGCCGCUUCACCCUCAUCGUCUACGUCUUCCUCGCCUUUCAAUAAACCAACACUUCCAACAAUCAACACCAAAUUUCACAAUAGGCCGAGGGCCACGACAAUUGCGACAAGUGUACCUCAGAUACAGACGCCCAGUAAUGAUUCAAUGGAAAGCACGACACGGUAUUGGGUUCUUCAAGAAAAUACGCCCAUGUCCUCUACAAAUUAUGAUAAUGAUAUGAAGAGCAUCCCAUACAAUACCCAUUCUGAUGAAGACUCACCGAGCUAUUCAGAAUCAUACAGAGAGAAAUAUUAUCCCAGUGGACCGUUACUUGUCGUCCCUCCUUUCAUAUAUUUGUAUUCUGAACCAUCAUUAAAAGAAGUAAUGGAUUACGACGUAAUAAUAAACGUUGCAAAGGAGAUUACCAACUACAAGGAACAACUGCCUCUAUCCAAGCAAGGUUGCUAUUAUCAUUUUACUUGGUCUCAUACCUCACAAAUUACUAAAAACCUACCACAACUAACAGAACUAAUACAGAAUGCCUAUGCCAGCAAAAAAAAGGUGCUAAUCCACUGUCAAUGUGGAGUAUCAAGAUCAGCUUCCUUGAUAGUAGCUUACAUGAUGAGAUACGACAAAUUAAGCUUGAAUGAAGCAUAUAAUAAAUUGAAGUCUGUCGCCAGAGAAAUAAGUCCAAAUAUGAGUUUGUUAUUCCAACUAAUGGAAUGGGAAGAUUGGCUUAACAAUUGUGACUCAAUCAAUGAUAACUGUCGGAAACAGUCAUUCGAGUCCAUCUCGGAAUUCGGUGAACUCUCUCUGUGA